AUGGAUGCUGAAUCCAUUCAGUGGAAAUCGACAGCAAAUUUACAUAAUGGUCCUGCUUUUUUUCAACCGCUGACUGACUCAAUUGAACCAUUACAGUUCAAACUUAUUGGAUCAGAAACACUAGCGACUGCAUUUCCUGUAUUCAACAUUAAAUAUAUACCAGACUCGCUUAUUAGUUAUAUUUUUAACUUGUUCAAUCUAGAAAUCGAAAGUGGUAACACCUAUCCACAAUUGAAUAACUUGACUAAACAGGAAUUCUUGAAUUAUUGGUUUCACUCAUUUGCUGUUAUUGUUUUACGAACUGAUAAGAAAUUCAUUGAGGAUGAUCAGGACUGGCAUUCAGUUCUUUUAGGCACGUUCUAUAUCAAGCCCAACUAUGCUCCGCGUUGCUCACACAAUUGUAACGCUGGCUUUUUAGUGAACAGUGCUCAUAGAGGUCAGAAGGUUGGUUAUCGGCUUGCCCAGGUGUACUUAAAAUGGGCACCAUUAUUGGGUUAUAAAUACUCUAUUUUCAAUCUUGUCUUUGUUACCAACCAAGCUAGUUGGAGAAUCUGGGACAAAUUAAAUUUUCAAAGAAUUGGGUUAGUUCCUCGUGCUGGAGUCCUUAAUGGUUUAAAUGAGCCUGUAGAUGCCAUUAUUUACGGUAAAGACUUGACAAAAAUAGAACCUGAAUUUCUUUCCAUGGAAAAUCCAUAG